UGGGGCGGAAGUGGCUGGGGGGCGGGCGAGCAUGAGGGUGUUGAAUCUGGAAAUUGGAGGAGACGUUGUGGACGGACAGCGCACAAGGAGUUGGUAUCCAUGGAGGAGCAGGACGCCAGGGUCCCAGCACUGGAGCCAUUCAGGGUGGAGAAGGCCCCACCUCUAAUCUACUACGUCCCUGACUUCAUCUCCAAGGAAGAGGAGGACUAUUUGCUUCGACAGGUUUUUAAUGCCCCAAAGCCAAAGUGGACCCAGCUGUCUGGGAGGUAGCUACAGAACUGGGGUGGGCUCCCCCAUCCCCGGGGCAUGGUUCCCGAGCGACUUCCGCCAUGGCUUCAGCGCUACGUGGACAAAGUGUCAGACCUCAGCCUUUUUGGUGGUCUCCCAGCUAACCAUGUCCUUGUGAACCAGUAUCUGCCUGGGGAGGGCAUCAUGCCUCAUGAAGAUGGACCACUGUACUACCCAACUGUCAGCACCAUCAGC